UCAUUUGUCAAUGGAAAGAAAUUCGAAAAUGUUGAAAUUGAAUUGAAAGUUUUCACUUUUCUCACUCAUUUUAAAUUUAAUUAAUUACUGAAUGAAAUGUAAAAAAGUACUAUGAAUUUUAAAAUAUCACAAAAUACACUUUACUGUGAAUUUCUGUCUAACUAGGUAUCAGUCGAAAUUAUCCUGAGAUGUAUUUUAAACUGUUCAUCAUAUUUACUGUGUCGGCUGCACCUUUCUUAUUCAGUUUACACGGAGAUUUUGUUUUUGACGACUCUGAAGCUAUAGUGAAAAAUAAGGACGUCACUUCCAAAUCGUGGUUAGAUAGUUUCAGCAACGAUUUUUGGGGUACAAACAUUAAAAGUAACCACAGUCACAAAUCGUAUCGGCCUUUGACGAUUCUGACUUAUAGGUUAAACUAUAUUAUAAAUAACAGGCAAUUAUCAGCAACUCAGUUUAAAGUCAUAAACUUAAUUUGCCACAUAAUAUGCUGUGUAUUAGUAUGGAAAACUUACAGCUGUAUAUGGGCAAGAGUGAAAUGGAAAAAUGAAGAGAAAUAUGCAAUAGAUGUCCCAUUUCUGGCAUCUCUGCUGUUUAGUGUACAUCCCAUACAUGUUGAGGCCAUUUCUGGCAUUGUUGGAAGAGCAGAUUUGCUAGCAGCUAUGACAUUCCUUUUAUCAUUCCUUAUUUAUGAUGUUUCAAUGAAGAAAAAGAGUAUAUUUAAUAUUUAUUUAUGUAUAAGCAUAACACUAGCAGGAUUAUCAAUGCUGUUCAAAGAAAAUGGUAUUACAGUGAUGGGUGUAUGUUGCUUAUAUGACAUCAUCCUAAGCAUUAGAAUAAAGGCACUAGAUAAACUAAAAUAUAAAACAACAAAUCUAUUGAAAUGUAUUCAUAUAGAUGUCAAAUGUGUAUAUAGAACAGUUAUUCUAAUAACAUUUGCAAUAUUAUUUCUUUAUGCAAGAUGGAUUGUAAUGGGUACCGCCAAGCCAGAAUUCAAAGCUAUUGAUAACCCUGCAGCAUUUAGUAACAAUUUAUUUACUAAGACUGCAACUUACAAUUAUAUUUAUUUUUUAAACAUUAUGCUACUUAUCUGGCCACAGUGGCUAUGUUACGACUGGUCAAUGGGAUGUGUACCUCUCAUAAACAAUGUUUUAGACUUUAGAAUAUUAUUUAUAUCCAUCAUGUACCUGUAUUUAUUUUUAUUCAUAAAAGCAGUGUGUAGUAGAAAUUAUAGGAAAACAAGUAAAAGAAUUUUAUUCCUGGCAACAUUGUUCAUACUGAUACCAUUCCUACCAGCGUCCAAUAUCAUUUUUCCUGUGGGUUUUGUGAUUGCUGAAAGAAUUUUAUACAUUCCGUCUAUAGGAUAUUGCUUAUUUGUUGUUAUUGGAUUACGAAAUAUUUUACAAAAUACCCGAAAUAAUCAGAAGGUAUUUUUAGGUAUUUUCCUUGGCCUAAUAUUAAUAUACGGAAUGAAAAGCUGGCAAAGAGCACAUGAUUGGCAAAAUGAGUACAAGCUCUUUACAAACGCCCUGUCUGUGUGUCCACUGAAUGCCAAAGUUCACUACAAUAUUGCAAAAGUUGCGGAUGCCAAAGAAAAUUCAAGUUGGGCUAUAGAUGAAUAUACAGCAGCUAUCAGGCUAUAUCCAGAAUACUAUCAAGCAAUGAACAAUUUGGCAAAUUUAUUAAAAAAUAAAAAAGAAUUCUCUGCAGCUGAGGCGUAUUUGAGAAAAGCAAUCAAUCACAAAAAAGACUUCCCAGCAGCUUGGAUGAAUCUUGGAAUAGUGUUAGCGAAUACUAAACGUUACAUCGAAUCUCAAAAAGCUUACAAAACAGCAUUACUGUACAGGAAAAACUAUCCUGAUUGUUUUUACAAUUUAGGAAACUUGUACUUGGAGAUGAAUAAGACUGAUGAUGCAAUGGAGAGCUGGUAUCAAGCAAUCAAUUUAAACCCCAAACAUGUCUCCGCUUGGACCAACUUAUUAGCACUAUUGGAUAAUACAAAUCAAAUUAAGAAGGCUCUACAAAUAAUACCUAAGGCCCUCAUAGAGCUGCCGGACAGUCCAUCGAUCCACUUCGCGAUUGCCAAUAUUUAUGGCAAACACGAGCAAUACGCAACAGCGGAAUCGCAUUUUCACCAGGCUAUCAAUUUGUUUAAAGAACGUGUCCAAGCCAUCCAUUACGCAAAUCUUGGAGUUUUAUACCACCGGUGGCAAAAGUAUGAUUUAGCAAAGCGGAUGUACAAAAAGGCUCUUACAAUUGACCCAAAUUUUCCAAGUGCUAACAAAAAUCUUUACAACUUGGAAAAAUUCAAAAUGAAAAAAUAAAUAUGAUCGCAGCA